AUGGAAAUUUUAGAUAAACAAGCAUUCUUUGAAACUCGUGAAAAGAUAUUUGCAUUAAAUAAAAAUUUAAAUAGUAUUAGACAACGUGUUCAAAUAGCAGAAACAGAUAGAAAGAAAUGUUUAAUAACAGUUAAAGAAUUAGAAUCAUUACCACAAACCACUAAAACCUAUAAAGCCGUUGGAAAGAUGUUUGUAGUUGCACCAAUUAAUACAUUAAAAGUCGAAUUAAAACAACAAGCUGCUAAAAGAGAAGAAGAAUCCACAGGUUAUAUUAAUCAAGGUAAAUAUAUUGAAGCCCAACUUAAUGAAGCCCAAGCAAGUUUAAAAGAAUUAGUUAAAAUGAAAUAA